CCUGGUCAACGCCGGAGUGAUUUUGUUAGCAGGCUCAACGUUGUUGCUCAUAAAUCGCUGCUGUGGCGAACAGUCUUACUGUUUGUCCAGAUUGUACGAACAAUAUCCGCAUGUCGUUGCCGCUGAUAUGAAUAUUUCUACGCAAUAGGGCUGCCGACAAGCGUUACGAUGACAUGCUUCCCAACGUAGAGACGAGGUUAGCCGGCUAGUGCUAGCUAGCUAACUUGUCUCUUGGUGAUCCUAACGCCGUCGUGAAACAGGUCCGUGGGUAAACCGUAUCCAGGGAACCGCUAUGGGCGCAGAGAGCAGCUCCUUACAGAGCUGCACCCUGGAGGAGCCUCUCCUCACCCUGCCCUCUGGACUGACCAUGUACCCGGCGGUGCUGCAGGAUGGAAAAUCCGCUUCCGUGUUUGUUCAUAAACAAGGCAACGAAGACAAAGUCAACAAAGCUGCUAAACAUUUGAAGACCCUGAGGCACCCAUGUCUGCUGCGCUUUCUGUCAUGCUCAGUGCAAAAUGGCAGCAUCCAUCUGGUGACUGAACGAGUGCAGCCCCUGGAGCUGUUGUUAGACAGUCUUUCUCCGGAAGAAAUCUGCGCAGGCAUCUAUGACCUCCUUCAGGCACUUGUUUUCCUGCACGAGAGGGGCAAAUCAAGCCACAACAAUGUGUGUAUGUCGUCUGUGUUUGUCAGUGAAGACGGUCACUGGAAACUAGGAGGGAUGGAGACGGUCUGCAAGUUCUCUGAGGCUACCCCUGAAUUUCUCAGCAGCAUCCAGAGUGUUAGAAAGACCAACUCUGUGCCACCAGAAGAGCGGGUUGACGGUUUUCAGACACUGCCUGAUAAACAUGCUCACUCUCGAGACUGUUUCUCCUUCGGAAUGAUGGUGGAGACCCUCAUCCCGCUUCUUAAUGGCUAUGUGUCUGAGGAGUUGUCUGAUAGUCUGAAGAGGACCCUACAGGCUGGUUUGAUGAACUCUGACCCCCUGUCUCGGCCCGCCCUGCGCUCCCUGUUGACCCACGACUUCUUCAGGAAUGACUUUCUGGAAGUAGUGAAUUUUCUGAAGAGCCAGACUCUGAAGACGGAAGAAGAGAAGAAUGAAUUUUUUAAGUUUCUGUUAGACCGGGUCCAGGGCCUUCCUGAGGAGCUGGUAGCUUCACGCCUUGUCCCCAGACUCCUCAACCCUCUGGUGUUUGCUGAACCCAUGGCUGUCAAAAGCUUCCUGCCUCAUCUGCUAAAGCCAAAGAAUGACAGCGGUGAUGGAGUCAGCAGUGAGGAAUGGCUGCUGUCGAUGCCCCUUUACCGGAAACACGUGGUUCCUCAGCUUCUGAGGCUGUUCAAGGUUAAUGAGGAGCACGUCAGGAUUGUUUUGCUUGCUCACAUCCAUAUCUACGUGGAGUACUUUUCCCACGAUGAACUCAAGAGCCAAGUUCUGCCUCAGGUUUUGCUGGGGAUGAGAGACACGAACGAUACUCUGGUUGCCAUGACACUUCAAAGCCUAGCAGUGUUGGUCCCCUUACUGGGGGCCCAGGUGGUAGUGGGUGGGGAAAGAACCAAGGUCUUCAAACGCACCACACCCAACUUCACCAAGUCCACAGAGGUCACCCCAGAAACCUCUCCUGUACAUAUAGUCGGAGAGCCCCACCCCCAGAUGGUACAACCCUCCAAAAUCCUCAAUCUGUUCCCUAAACCCGACGGGACAGGAGGUUUGCUCCUGGGGAACAUCGACAGUCUGCAAAGGAGCAGGGACAACCACAGGACCUACCCACCAGCAUCCAAAUCAGCUGUCAGCAGAGAGAUGUCACUACCUCUCAAUGGGUUCAGCCAAAAUACGCAGGCGCAGUACAGCCCAGAGCAGCCAGAGAGACCAGAGAGCCAGGUAGAGGACUGGCCUGACUGGGGGGACCCUGAGGAGGGCAUUAAAGACAGAAGUGGACAGCCCGUGCAGAUCCACAUCCAGGCGUCGAAAAGAGCGGCUUCAGUUGGAAGCACACUGUCUCUCACUCCCCAGGAUGCCGAAGAGGAGCCUUGGGAUGACUUUGAGGACACUGAACCAACUUCAGAUUGCUCCCCUACUGCUCCCAUACCUGACCCAGUUAUUCUCGCCCCACCCAACAAAGGGGGCACCACUUCUUCACCUGUAAACCCUACACCCGAACGACUAAGAUUGGCCUCGUCCAAGUCCCUCAAACUGAGCACGACUAUGAGAGGCUGUGCUGUGAGCAAAGCCCCUUCCUCAUGGGACAAUGGGUGGGGUCAAGAGCAGGAGGGACUCGAGAAACCACACAACCAACUGUCGAACUCCAUGCCCAAGCCCGCGGUGCCACGUAAGAACAGGGGGAUAGGUGAGCUGGGGGAAGAGUUCACUAUUGAGGUGAAGAGGAGGCCAGAGAAAGACCCUGAGCUAGACUUGUUUGCUGACAUGGUACCGGACAUCAAGCUGUCCUCUCCAGCUCUGCUGUUCCCGGGUGAGAGCAGUUUGAGCGAUGCUGGACUGUUCACAGCUGUUCCUACACAGCUCACUGAGGCACUGCAGGCUGAAUCAUCAGUAAAUACUUUAGCCCUCACUGCCAAGUUUGCAGCUGCAGAAAUGACAGAGACUGAAACGGACGGCUGGGAAAACGGAGAUGAUUUAAACUGGGAGGAUGACAGCGCUUGGUAAUGAACUCUGACCUUACCGUCUGACACAGAGCAACAUGUCAAGAGAUUUAUCACUGGAGCGUCUAAGCUCCUCUACAAAACCCACUUCACAGCCCGCCAGUGGACCGGAACCCGGCUCCCGUCUGAGGCUCGUCCAUCACGUCACCGUGUUGCAGUCAUGUACAGAAAUGAAUGACUUGAGGCCUCAAUACUGAGAUAUUAUACUGUGACUCACCAGAUGUUUCAUAUCAGUGACUUCGCUCAUCAAGGUAACUUUACUUUCAUACUGGAAAGAUGAGCUGUUUUUCGGGUGGUGGCGAGUACCAGCUAGACUGGGACACAAAUGAAGCCAUUGGUGAUUUUUUUCUUUUUCUUUUGCCAAAUUGUGAGGAAAAUAGUGGAUUAUGGUGUAAAUGGCAUCUUUUGUUUGCAUCUACUUCCUUAGUUUUUACUAUGUCAUACUUUUAAAUUGCAUCGGAAUUUGAAAAGAGCUUCUUGGGAGGACAUUGAUGAACUUAAUUGACGGGAGACUGGCACUUUGAAUGAAUGUGAAAUAGAUUGACAUAAUUUAUUGAUUACUUUCUAGCUAUUGAAAUAAAGAGCUUUAUGGUAU